AUGUCUGUACCGCUACCACAGGGGCGGCCAAAUGUAGAGACACCUCUACCGUUGAAGCGUAUGUUUGCCCUUGGGAUAGUUCUGCUUAACGAAAGCCUUUGUGCAACAAUGCUGCUGCCGUAUGUAGGUCUCCUCGUCGCUCACCUGCAAAAUCGCCCUCCAGAAGAAUCCGGAUAUGUUUCGGGUCUUCUUAUUGGUGUGUUCAUGUUUGGUCAAGUGAUUAGUAGUACGUAUUGGGGAAACCUGAGUGACAAGUAUGGCCGUCGUAUGCCCCUCUUUGUGGGUCUCUUUACGAGUGGCCUGUUGAUGCUUGGCUUCGGUCUCAGUACAAGUGUGUGGAUGUGUGUUGCUUUCCGAUUCUUGCAUGGCCUUUUCAAUGGUAAUGUCCUUGUGGCCAAGACGGCAGUGGCGGAUAUUCUUGAUAAGACAAACGAGACGAAGGGGUGUACCUUGGUGAGUCUAACGUACGGCUUCGGUACCCUCAUUGGUCCGGCGGUUGGUGGGCUGCUCUAUGACCCCACGAACAGUACGUUGAUGCAGUGGGCUGGAUUCAGUAAGGACGGUCCAUUCGCUCAAUAUCCAGGUCUACUCCCGGCAAUUGUGAUAUUCGUCUACGUGAACUUUGGUAUGGUUGUAUGUGUUUUGUUCGUGAAGGAAUCGAACCCGAAUGCCCAGCCGCUACCCCGUUGGAUGACGUGUUAUUACUCAUGGAUGUGGCCGAAUAGACAAUACACAGUGACAUCAAACGACGAUGGUAACUGGGACGGUGACGGUGACUCUGAGAUGAUGGCGGGGCGAAAGGGUCUAGGGGAGUGUGAGGAGCAGCUGCGAGAGCAGGCGUUACUGAAUGUGGAUUUGAAGGAGUCGUCAGUGGAGGUAGUGAGAUCAGCCAGUUCCGAGGGGUUGCCACUACUAGCCCCUGUGGCAUGCCAACAGAUGAAAGAUGGGUCCACGCCAGAUGACGAAGAAUUGGAGGACUUGGUAGUGAUUGGUGACGAGGAAGAGGAAAUGGGGGGUGUGGAGGCGGUGGUAGCUGAGCAAGCGGUGGAGGAACCGUUCGGCUACAAGGAGGCCUUCCUGCUCCCUGCCACGCGUAACGUGUUGGUCAUUUACAUGUUGCUUUCAGCGGCAGAUAUGGCACACAGCGAGGUGUUUCCGCUCUGGGCCAUCGCAGCGAGGUCCGUUGGUGGCCUUGGGUACCACUCCGACAUGGUUGGGCUGUUUCUCCUCUCAAACAGUGUACCGUGCGUUGUGUCAAAUCUCCUGUUCCACAUAGCCUGUCGAAUUGUGGGGGAUAAGAUGCGGCUGUGGCGAAUCGCCAUUUAUGGGAUGGCCAUCGGCGUGGGCAUCACGCCGCUUGCUUCGUAUAUUCCACGAUUUGGUCAGUUCGCCGUGGUGCUUGUAUGCUGUUUUCUGCGGCAGUGGUUCGCGGCCUGGGCGUACGGCCUCAACACUCUUCUUACCGCCCGUUUCGCGCCCAGCGGACGACUUGGAACCAUGUAUGGCAUUAACCAGUCUUGCGGCGCGGCUAUGCGGUGUGUGAUUCCAGUUAUAAUCACACCCAUCUUUGCAUGGUCUAUCUCUGGCAGCCAUAUCCCACCAUUCAACCACAUUUUUGUGUUUCUUUUGGCAUCCAUUGUGUUCGUGAUGGCAGGUGUUAUAUCACACAGUGUUACGGUGGAUGAGGAUGCAGCGACCGAAAUUGUGGUAGUGGAAGAGGCUCCAGCUGACUUCAAUGAUGCAGGCAGUUCGAAAACCUCUAUUCCUCCUCAUCCUCAGCAGCAGCAGCGACAGCUGUUCGACCUUGACCUGGAAGUGCGGCAGGAAUUCAAGGGUUGA